CGCACACGAGUAUGACGUCAUGCGCUCGGACCGAGCCGUGACCCGCUGCUCCGGCUAUGCUAGGGGUCCGUGGCGACAGAUGUUCCGCUUAAAGCACAGCAAAAAAUCCGUUAUUUGAUAAAUGUAACGCGUUAUAACGGUAACGGUUCGUCGGUUAUAGAAGGUAACCAAUGUGACGGCAGCGACCCUCGUGUUUAGUGGCGCGUGUGUUUAUAUUUUUAAGUUUAUCUCGGCUAGCUGGCGGGCUAACUUCAGCUUGUUUUUCAGCUAACCGAAAGUGAAACGGGGAAUCGGAGCUGCACGAAAAUUCGUCUCUAAAUAUCUCCAAUCGAGGUAAUUUUGGUUUCGGUCGUUAAUGUCGCGUGAGUGACGGUUGACGUGUGAAAGCAUCGGUGGUUGUCGUUACUUCCGUGUCUCGUGUUGACGUUAACGGGGUGCAGCUGUGAUUUAAGCUCGUGUUACUCUAAAUGUUUACUGUAAACGGAGCAGCUGUCGCACUAAAGUCCGAUGUGAAGACGUUAGAGAGUCUAUUACGUGUUUGUGUAUCGAUGACGGAGGAUUAAUGUAGUAUUUAGACAGAGUGAGACCAUUUAAUACUGUUUAGAUACAGAGCAACAUCUGUCAUACAAUAAUAUUUUAAUAUUUGACAUGGGGCUCCAGCUAAAAGCUAGGACCGGUUUUAUGAUGGGUCCCAUAUUUCAUUGUAACACCUGUGAGGCCUGAUGUUACUCUUCAUUCAGAGACACUUUAAACUCUACAGCGAGACAUAAACACGGUUUCUUCCUGGUUUUUAGCAGCGGCUUGACUCUUCAUCAUGGACCCCUGAAAUCGUCAGGCUUCAGCGACUCAUCAGGUCGCUGCUUGUGUUUUUUUUUUGGGACCGGAGGUCACAGUUCAGACUAUAACUUGUCUGACCUCCCAAGCAGAGGGAGCGAGCAGAUGGGGAACGCUUGCUGUACCAAUGAGAGACCCUGUGGAAGUGUGGAGGAAAAGAGCGAUUUGCUGAAAGAUGACUCGAAGGUCAUGGGGCCCUCGGGUGAAACCGGUGUGGUGGGCACCUGUGGCCCUGUAGGACAGGAUGGCAUCAGAAAAAUGCCCAAUGAGGCCGACACGAAGGUGGAGGAGGCUGUGCAGGUCAAGCGGAGUCCCGAGGCUGCAGAGACGGAGCCCAAUAACACUCAGGAGAACGGAUCCCUGCAGAAGGAGGUCCCACAAACGGCGACGCCUUCUCCCAGCAAAGUGUCCGAACUGAAAGAAAACCCUGUCGGGGUACGAGACGACGACGUGAAGGACCGUCCUGCACACAGUGGACCAGCUGAACUCAUGCAAUGCACUUUAAACUCCCUGCAGAAAGAACACGCCACAGUUGAUUGGGAGGUUUUUACAGCAGCGACCGCGGCAACAGAACAAGAAAAUCCAGUCUCGGAGCAGGACGAGACCCCCGAGAGCAGCUCUCCUACAGCAGAGGCAGCUCGCCCUGAAAAGCUUGCUGAGACAAACACAGAAACAGAGCACAUUACACUGGACAAUACUCAUGAUGAUGAUGAGGAAGAAGAAGAAGCAGGAUCCAAAGUCACUAUGGAAAACACUGUAGCUGAGCCAUCAGGGGAGUUUUCUCAAAACAAUGAAGUGAUGUCUGUGCCAAACCCUCAGCUCACUGCAGCAGCUGCUGAGACGACGUCCGUCUCUGUCAGUCCGGAGAACGACGAAGAGUCUCCGGCCUGUGCAGUGACGGAGGAUUCAGAGAAUGGCAGUCCUUCAGUGUGCAAGGAGGGUGGUCUUGAAGUCAUGAAGAGCCACGAGGUUUGCGAGGCUCCUCCUGGAUCAGAGCCCACGGGACUUGACCACAGUGGCGAGGAACGAGACCCCGCCAACUGUGUCAGGGAGCCGGAGCCCACAGCGCCGUCAGACGCCAGCGAGAGCUCAAAGUCUGACCGGGAGGCCGAGCCAGAUGUUGAGUGUGCAACAAUGAGCUCUAAGGAGGUCACUUCCUUGGAGGACAUCAAACAGGAAAUUGAGGAGGAAUUGAUGGUGGAAGGGCAGGUCAAAGAAGAAGAUGUUCCCAAAGUUGAGGAGGAGAUUAAGGAGGAGGCGGCGGAGGAGGAGGCAGAUACCGAGACUGGUAAAGAUGCUGAGAUCCAGGAGGUCACGGGAAAAGAGGAGCAGCCGGCAGUGAGCGUGUCCCCUGAUGUGAACGCUGCUGAGGCAUCUGCCCGAAAGGAGGAAGACUCUUCUGGAGAUGGCAUGGGGAACAGUGAAGAAGAUCUUUACAGAGGCGCUGAGGAGCUGUCGGCAUCACAACACAAUAAACCAGAAACUACAGUUGUAAAGGUGGAGGACCGAUGCAGUUUGGGUCCGCUGGUCGAGAUUCUGUCUUACAGCGAGCGAGAGUGGAAAGGAAACACCGCCAAAAGUGCCCUCAUUAGAAAGGGUUAUAAGGAGAUGUCCCAGAGGUUUGGCAGCGUGAGGCGAGUGAGGGGCGAUAACUACUGCGCCCUCAGAGCCACGCUGUUCCAGGUGCUCUCCCACAGCGCCCAGCUGCCCGCAUGGCUGCAGGAGCAGGACGUCAACCUGCUGUUGAAGCAGCUCGAGGCCCAGGAAGGUCUGAUUAGCCAGUGGACAUUUCCUGGAGACCGCCUGCAGGGAGACGGGACAGGAGACGCCACCCUGCAGCUGAAAGGCUACAUGGAGCUUCUUCGAAAUCAGUGGCAGGCGGCAGUGGACUGCUCCUCCGCUGCGGAGCGUCAGCAGCUGUGCGAGCGAGUGUUUCGGGGAGGCGAAGAGGAGCUGGGCCUGCUGGAGGCGCUCAAGCUGCUGAUGCUGGGCAGAGCGGUGGAGCUGCACGGCCGCAUGACGGGCGGCGGAGACGUCCCGCUCUUCUGCUGGCUGCUGUUCGCUCGGGACUCGUCCGACGGCCCGCGCUCGUUCCUCUCCAACCACCUCAGCCACGUGGGCCUCGGCGCCGGGCUGGAGCAGGUGGAGAUGUUCCUGCUGGGCUACGCCCUGCAGUGCACCAUUCAAGUUUACAGACUGUACAAGGCCGACACGGAGGAGUUCGUCACGUACUACCCGGACGACCACAAGGACGACUGGCCGUCUGUGUGCCUCGUCACGGAGGACGAUCGCCACUACAACGUGCCGGUUGUAGAAGCUGCAGGAGAGCGACAGGAGCCGCUCGGCUCCAGCUGAUUGGCUCUGCACGCUCCUGCCAUACAACACACUCCUCAGGUCAAUCAAGGUGAAUUAAUUCACGCCAAUUAAAAGGAAUGUUGGGACAUUUUUGCUUCCUUGCUGAGUUUAAUGAGAUGAUCAAUAUCAUUCACGUCAGUCUAUUUAAAUGUGAAGCGACAGCCAGCAGCUGGUUAGCUUAGCUUAGCACAAAGACUGAAAACAGGGGGGAACGGCUAGCCUAGCCUAGCUCUGUCCGGACUGCUUCCAGUCUUUGAAGAAGGCUAACUGGCUGCCAGCUGUAGCCUCAUAUUUAAUGCAUUGGAGUCGUAUUGAGCUUCAUAUCUAACUCACGGCAGGAAAGUAAAGAAGCGUUUCCCCCAAAAUGUUACUCCAUUCGUUUGGAGAAAAAAAAGAAAUGCUGAUUUGAGACCCUGUACAAGAUGUGGUUUACACUCUUUUGUACACACUGUACUGUAUACAGAGUUUUCUAUGUGGGUAAAUGUACAUAUAUGGAUCUGACAUCUCAGUUAAGUCCAGAUGAAUUAGCAAGGUGUCAUUUUGACUUUCAGGUGGGGGAGGGAAGCCCAAAUCUUCUGAUAAACUUUUCUUGUUCUACAUUUUUUUUUUCUUUCUGUAAAGUCCUGAUCAAAACAUAAUGAAGCUGCCAACCGCGCCAAAAUGAUUAGAUGGUUCGUGUUUACACUGGAAUUUGGGAACUUUCAUUUGUGUCUUGAUUUAUUUUCUUCCCAUUAUGUGAAAAAAAAGCAUUUUAAAUUAAGAGUAACAAGUGAAGGUUUUGAUUUAUCAGGUUUAACACCCGAUCGGAGGACUUGGAAGAUUAAUCGCAGCCUCUGUGUCAGAGGUGUGAUUUGUGAUGUGUGUGUGUGUGUCUGUGUAUGCAUGUUUGCGUGUGUGUUGAACUAAAUGUGUAACAUGUUGCCUUUAACCAAGCUGUUCUGAGGGCAAAAACAUGCCAAUCUUGCUGCAAAUACUGGCGACAGUUCCAACCACCAGCCACUGGAUUCAGUAGUUAACGCUCGCUUGGUCCUCCAUGUUGCCUUAGAAAUAAUGCACAAUAAGAAUGAAUGUUGGUUAUUGGCGAAAAUAGUCAGUUUUCUAGCCCUAACCCGAAGGUGAGCCGUUAACAGUAAAACCUUGAUUGUGGCAUUUGCAGGAAUCUGUCAGAUAUUUGGAUAAAAUGAAAGUACAAUUUUUCUAAGUCUUUUUUUGUUCCUCUUUGAUUUUCAUCAACUUGUUAUAGCUUUUAUUAAUUUAUGAGAACUAUUAACAGGAAUUUGAACUGAAGUUUCAGAAGUAUGCUACAGAAAAUGACAUUAAGUCUGUUUGGGGUCUCAUAGACUCAUUUCGGUAAAACCUGAUUAAAUACAAUGGAUUUUCCUAAGCUCUAAA